AUGGAGUGGCAUUGUUUAGCUACGCCGCCCUGUCGGCGAGAUUUUUCGGUUUCACCUUUGGUUUUGAAAGAAAAUGAAAAAGUUACAGUUAUAUUUGAAACCGAAGAUGACGAAGUUAAAAUUACUGGAGAUGUUGGGGAAACUGUCUUAGAUGUAGCCCAAAAAAACAAUAUUGACCUGGAAGGUGCUUGUGAAGGCUCGCUUGCUUGUUCAACUUGCCACGUUGUAGUUAAUAAGGACUUUUUUCACAAAAUACCUCCGCCUUUAGAAGAAGAAGUUGAUAUGCUCGAUUUAGCUUACGGACUAGAGGAAACUUCUAGACUGGGCUGCCAGAUUUGCCUUACUAAAGAACUUGAAGGAGUUCGCUUAAAGUUGCCUAAGAAUUAUUUUAGUAAUAAAUAG